AUGGCCCCUUCGCUCUUUUCCCUGGCUCACGGGGAGUCUCCGCCGUCGAAACGUUUAAAAUCCACCCUGCCCAACGGACGCUCCCUGCACGACGACGUCAAUGCGGAAACAGAGAUCAUCCAGCCACACCCUCUCCGCAUCAAGCCAAGCGGCAACGCCUUCACGUCCUCGACCAAUCUGCGUGACACAUCCUGCGGCCAGCUCGCCCUCUUCCCCGACGAGCUGAUCCUCCAGGUGCUGGGAUAUCUUGUUGCCGACGAUCUGAAUGCGCUCGCUGCCACCAGCAAAGCAUUGUAUGGCUUCAGCCGCACCGAGGAGCUGUGGAAGGCCCUGUUCAUCGGAUCCGCAGCCUCCGAAACGGCCUUUACCUGGCGCGGAACGUGGCGUCGCACGCUCCUCGACCUGCCAGAAUCGCGCGAGGUGCACAUCGCCCUACCAGACCUCUAUUCCGAUGCCCUAUACCGCCCCUUCCACAUGUCGCAGAUCCCGCUGGCGCCCUUCGUCUCCAACAUCCCGCCGCGCAACCAGAUCCGGCGGUUUCCCGACCUCACGGAAGCACAGUUCAACGGCGAAUACUCAUCCAUGCCGUUCAUCCUCACCUCGCCCGUCAAGGCCUGGUCCGGCUACCGCGAUGACCACUGGACCUACCAAUCCCUCGAGCGCUCAUACGGCGACGUGCGGUUCCGCGCCGAAAGCGUCGACUGGAGACUGAGCGACUACAUCUCCUACAUGGAGAACCAAACGGACGAGAGCCCACUGUACCUAUUCGACCGGCAUUUCGUCACGAAGACGCAGGGCGCGCUGGAAUCCGGCUUCGCGGCGCCGGCAUGCUUCGGCCGGGACUUCUUCGAGGUCCUCGGAGCGGACCGCCCCGACCACCGCUGGCUCAUCCUGGGCCCCGCUCGCAGCGGCAGCACUUUCCACAAGGACCCGAACGCAACGUCGGCGUGGAACGCCGUGCUCCAGGGCGAAAAGUACUGGAUAAUGUUUCCGCCUAACACCCCGCCGCCCGGCGUCUUCGUCUCUCAGGACCAGAGCGAGGUCACUAGUCCCCUCAGUAUCGCCGAGUGGCUGGUGGGCUUCCACCGUGCCGCGAGGGGAAUGCAGGGCUGCAUCGAGGGUGUCUGCCGCGCGGGCGAGGUCCUGCAUGUUCCGUCCGGCUGGUGGCACCUGGUAGUUAACACUGCGCCCUCGCUGGCACUCACCCAGAACUUUAUUCCCAGCACACAACUCCCCGCGGCCCUGGAGUUCCUGGAUGUGCAGCGGCAGAGCGUGAGUGGGUUUAACUGCGAUCGUGUUGCUGACCCGUACGGCCUGUUUGUGCAGCGCAUGGAGGAGUCGUUCCCGAAAGAACUUGCGGCGGCUAGGGACGCUAUCGAGGCGAGGAAGAGAAACAAGAAGCGAAAUAGGUGGGGCGACCUGGUGGGUGAGAAAAAGGAGAAAAAGGAGGGCGGAAUAGGAUUCUCGUUCGCUUUUGGGUUUGGAGGUGCCGAUGAUAGUGAUGAUGAAUAG